GCAUCCCUGGUGUUGGCCCCCCAAUGACCGGACCUUCUCACUCCUGGGGACGGGGCCAGAAGCUGAAUCCUGGUGAUGCAGAGGAGGCUGCCAGCUCAGACGAUGAAGAGAUGCCAGAGGGGGUAGAGAGCCGCACUUCCUCCUCAAUGGUAUGCCCCGAUUACCCUUCUUCCCAGAGAACCGGCUGCGUGGAGGGCUGGAGCCCAGACACCACUGGCCAGACCAGGGCAACAGACUUAGGGAGGGGGUGGCAGAGGACCCAGCAGUGGAGCCAGAAGAGGCUGCAGGUUGUGUGGUGCCGGGGGCAGCGGGCCAGGCUGCAGUAGAGCGCCUCCAGAGAGCUGCCCAGGAUGACCCCCAGGCCACUCAGGGUCACCCAUCCCCACCCAAGAAACCCUUCAGGACGCCCAGCGUCCCCUCUCUCUGUGCAAUGGCCACCCGGGCCACAGUCAACCUCAUGACAGCUCCCAGCAUGCAGUACAGCAGCAGUCUGUCGUGUCUGACCCCUGAACUGGCCGAGCUCCUGCUCAGUCACAUGUCCCGCGAGAGGCUCCUUCGCCCGCGCACCCUGGAACUCUUUUUCGGCUGCCCGAUGCAGAAGUUUGUCCUCAACUGCUACCCGUACUCCACCAACGAGCUGCUCCGGCAGCUACGGGCCUUCACUGCACUGAAGCACCUGAGCCUGGUCAACUCUCCUCUCAUCACAGACACAGGCCUCUCUGUGCUGUGCAGCCUACUGAAACUGCAGCACCUGAACCUGGCCUCAUGUAGCAAGCUAACAGACUCCUGUCUGCAACACAUCACAGGCUUGAAGAGCCUGUCUUUCCUGUCGCUAGACCAGACCAAAGUAAGCGAUGUAGGGAUGGUGCUGUACCUGCAGUCUGCUCCUUCGACACUCACCCAGCUUAGUCUGAACCAGACCUCUAUCACGGAGGCCACCCUGGCAGCGCUGCCCGCCUGUGUGCCCCAGCUACGACUGCUCAGCAUCAAACACACUAAGGUGAGUGACGUGUCGGCCCUGGCUGAGCUUCCCAGCCUGCAGACCCUCUACCUGGACGGCACGGCGGUGAGGGAGGGCUCUCUGGAGCACCUGGCCACCCACUCCGCCCUCUCUGCCCUCAGCGUGGCUGGCAUCUCCGUCGCUGAUGGCAACAACAUUCUCCAGAUCAUCUCAGGUCUCCGGCUGACCCAGCUGACCCUGCCUGGACGCCACUCGGUGACGGACGCCGGCCUGGCCUUCCUCUCCAGACUGUCCCUGCUGUCCGAGCUGGACCUAACUGACUACACAUACGUCACCGACCAGGGGGUCACCCAGCUGGCUACCAUGACCAGGCUGAAAAGGCUGUCACUCAGCAACACGCAGGUGACGGACGCCGGGCUGCCCUCCCUGCGCUGUCUGCAGGAGCUGCUGGAGCUGUGUCUGGACCGCACGGCCGUCACCAGCCGAGGAGUGGCCGCCCUCGUCACCGGUCUGCCACACCUGCAGGUAUUAAGCUUGGCCAGUACUCAGGUGGGCGACACGGUCGUGAGGAGAGGUCUGGUCCACUGUGUUCAGCUCUUCAAGCUCAACCUGAGCCGGACACGCAUCACUGACCACGGACUGAAGUUCCUGAAGUGCAUGUGUCUGACCCAGGUGAACCUGGACGGCUCGGGCGUGACCCUAUCGGGCAUCGCCAAUCUGAUUGCCUCCUGUCCCCACAUCACCAGCAUCAGGGCCAGCAACCCGCGAGCCAUCCCCCCUGACCAGGUCUCCGACGACAACGACGGUGACAAUCAGUAGGGGGAUGAGUAGUGACCCCGCCCAGCCCUUUCUGAUGAGGCUUGGGUCAGCUAGCUAGUAGCUUCCGCUGUGCUCGGCGGUAUCAGCCCCAUGUUUCUGCAUCCAGCUGACAGGUUCAGCGUAGUCUAGGUGAAGAGAAACCCAGCUCUAACUGCACUGCUUCAACAGCGGCUAGUGACACUACUCGCUCAAUCACAAGUCCACCAUACUAGCUGUCGAAACCUUAGAAGGGUGCCUUCUUGUGCUUCUAAAGGUCUUGAUGGGAGCCCUGCUCCCUGUAGUUAAUCACAACCACCAUUAAAGUUAUUACGAUGAAGUCUCACAUAAGUGUGCUAUGUUGAUCCCGGUGUCGGUUUCAGUUGUCCCUAAACGCAGAUUCAGUUUUGCAUUUCUCCCGCUAAUGGUUGAGUGUAGGAUUGGGGAGGGAUAGCUGAUCCUUGAUCUGUACCUUAAGGGAAACUUUACUCCAGAAUGUAGAUCCCCCUGGGCCUGGCAGAGGUAUAGUAGUAUGCAUGAUGUCCAAUCUACAUAAAGCAAAGGAACUAUGAUUAAGAAUUGAUCAGGGAUAUAACCUUCAUAUAUCACAGCAUGUUUUCACCCAGAUUUUUCCGCCUGAAUUCUCUAAUGAAUCAGUUAACACUACUGAGGUCCAACAUUUACUUACUUCCUGUAUUGUCAAAAAAACAAAUGUUGGGGGUGGUUCAAGCUAAGGCAGGUUCUAUCUACAGUUGAAGUAGGAAGCUUACAUACGCCUCAGCCAACUACAUUUAAACUCAGUUUUUCACAAUUCCUGAAAUUUAAUCCUAGUAGAAAUUCCCUGUUUUAGGUCAGUUAGGAUCACCACUUUAUUUUAAGAAUGUGAAAUAUCAGAAUAAUAGUAGAGGGAUUUAUUUCAGCUUUUAUUUCAUCACAUUCCCAGUGGGUCAGAAGUUUACAUACACUCAAUUAGUAUUUGGUAGCAUUGCCUUAAACCAUUUAAACUUAGGUCAAACGUUGUUUCGGGUAAACUUCCACAAGCUUCACACAAAAAGUUGGGUGAAUUUUGGCCCAUUCCUCCUGACAGAGCUGGGGUAACGGAGUCAGGUUUGUAGGCCUCCUUGCUCGCCCACAGAUUUUCUAUAGGAUUGAGGUCAUGGCUUUGUGAUGGCCACUCCAAUAUGCUGGAGACGACUUUGUUGUCCUUAAGUAAUUUUGCCACAACUUUGGAAGUAUGCUUAGGAUCAUUGUCCAUUUGGAAGACCAAUUUGCGAGCAAGCUUCAACUUCCUGACUGAUGACUCAAAUGAUGUCAAUUAGCCUAUCAUUUUCUGGAUUUUCCCAAGCUGUUUAAAGGCAGUCAACUUCUGACCCGCUGGCAUUGUGAUACAAUGAAAUAAUCUGUCUGUAAACAUUACUUCUCAUGCACAGAGUAGAUGUCCUAACCGACUUGCCAAAACUAUAGUUUGUUAACAAGACAUUUGUGGAGUGGUUGGAAAACGAGUUUUAAUGACUACAAGUGUACUAACAUUUGAUUAGCCAGCAACUGGAAAGCUAAGCAUUGGUGGUUGUGGAGAGGUUGAUUUCUCAAAGCAAAUAGUGGGCCAUGAUAUGGGUUGCAUAAUGAGUGGUUGGGUUCAGCAGGAAUCCAAAGCAUCUCCGUUCAUAAUGAAUUUAGUUUUGCUUCUCAUGUUAUGUUUACACAGAUGUAAAAUAGUUUAUUUUCUCAAUGUUUUAGAUAAGUGCACUGUAUUCCCUACAAUGUCAAAAGAAAAUGCAGAAUUAAAAGCUGCAUUUUGGAAGAUGUAUUUGUUCAAAGAGCCCAAAAUAUGAGACAGUAAAUAUUCAAUUGUCAAUUCAGUAAUUUAUUCAGACAAAUCGUUAUUGCAAUACGUUAAAUAAAAAUAAAGGCAUAAUUAAUGCUCUUCUGCACAAAUGA